AUGCUGGAGCCGUUGGAAUACAUUCCAGAUUCGGAGGACGACGAGGACUGUUUUCUAGACUCUUCCAAUGUGUCGCCCUUCAGCUUGGCAGCGGGGUUAAAACUGCUUUCGCCGUCGAAACGAAAUACUAUUCAGAACAGACUUCGAACAUCAUCUAAGUUUGGCGAUAUAUUCUCGCCAGAUGAGUGGAGUGAUCUCUCUCAAGUGGCAAAAAGACUGACAAUAGACCGUCUCGAACGAGAAAUCGUAGAAGAUAGCGAAGAAGAACUUUCCAUGAGCCAAUUAAUACCCGUUGUCAAUGGAACAAGUCAGAAUCCGCUAGAUAUAGUCCAAUUGCAAAAGUCCGAUCACGAAGACAAUAACAAUUUACAAAUUUACUUAGACUCACGAAACUACGAAACGACGUCAAAUUCACGUCGGGGAUUGAGGAAACGAAAUUUUGCUAGUACACAUCCAUAUUUGGCUGACCAGGCGCAUUACCUUGGAUUGUCUAGUAUAGAUUAUCUUAACGAAGUAUACCAGGAAAAGAACCACGAUCUUGAGCCCAUAGUCAAGUUCCUUAACUACAAUUAUCUCCAACAAAAGGCAGCUAAUCCUAGGGAUGAAAAGUACAGGUCCAAGAACUUCUACUCCAUUUUGGGGAGACAGUCAAGAACAGCACAGAAUAAAGAACAACAUGAAAUUGAAGAAGAAAAAUCUAGAGAAAACAAAAGUGAUAGUCUAGAGUUUAAUUAUGAGUUUCAAGAGACACAACCGUUUUCAUACCAGAGCCAACUUGGGUAUGACUCUUUUAGCGAGUACAAUAGUGAUUCGGACGACUCGCUUGAUCUCAGUAGAAACUCCAGAUCCAUAAUUGUAGAUGAUGAUGAUGAAGGCGAUCAACAAGUUGAGCCAACCUACAUAUCGACGGUCGACAGAUAUACUGAUAGGUACACUAAUAAUCACAUAAAUCGUUCCAGAAGAAUUAAAAAUAGGGUUAAACCUCACAGUGAAGAAAGUAGAAAAGGAUUAGCAAUAAGGAAGCACACUUCUAGAAAACCAGUGGUUAGAUCAGCACUGAGGAACGAAAUGAUUAAUUUCAUAACUGAAGAAGUAGUCAGUCAAGAAGAUGAAAGUAUACUUCCAUCUACUGAUAGAGAACUCCGUGAAAGUAUAAUUCCCAAACCGUAUCGUCUAGAUUCCUUCGGAAUAUUGUCUGAUAGUUCAUCAGAUGAAGACAUUGGAUCAAUUUCUGAAAACGGUUCAGAUAUUUUUGAAGCCAGUCCCUUGAGCAAGGAUAACAUUAACAGUGACAUCAGUUUUGAAGCAAUUGACAUUAGAGAUGUGUUGACCUCAAACGCAGGAAUUGAUGAAACCAACUUCGUUCGCGAGUCUGAUUAUGUCAAUCCAAUGUUUUCUGGAGGAAGAAGUACAAAGUCGAAGGCUUCUUCAAAUGAUCACAGAAAGAAACGAAAAUUAGGUCUGGGAUUGGGAAGUAAGAAUUCGGCUUCUGGAAGAAAACACAUAGCAACUCGUACUAGUGGGCAAGUCCCACGAAAGCAAAGACUACUUUCAGAAACAUCCUUUGCCAGGCUUCCCAAAAAACUGCUAAAAGUUAACGGUAGAAAAAUUGACAAAAAGAAAUCAUCGAGAAAGAUACUUGAAACUAUGGACGUACCCCAAAGUGGAAAAGCAAAUGCAAAAGACAUUUUUGGUGCACAGUACGAGUUUCUGAGAACACCAAUCUUAGCAACAGUAGUAAUAGAGGCUGAAAGUGAAAAGCGUGUGAGGAAUGUCAAUUAUAGCCCUAACUCUUUCAACUUCAACAAGGCUUACCUUCACGAUGACACUAAUUUUCAGUCCAACUUCAUAUUGAGUGCUAUCGAUUUAUCUAAGAUUAAGGCAUUGGAAGAAGGCAAAAGCUAUGUUCUCGGGAAGGAUUCCAUUCACUUUUUGGUAAUGGGAGAAACCUUUAACUUUAACUUGUUGAAUAUGAAUAAUGGUGAGAUGGUGAAAUACCUUAGCUUCAUAUUAAGGUUAUUUCGUCAGAACUUGUAUCUUGACAAGGUGGUUGCUGAUGAGAUAUAUGAGUCCAUCAAGGGUGUUCUUCAAUGGUCUUUAAUUUGCCAGGAACCACCUUCUACGAGUUCCAUCAAGCUAUUGAAUGGCAUUUUUGCUCAUCUUAUUCAAGUGAAAGAUUUCAAACUAGCCAAGAAGUGCUGGUUCUGGUUUCCCUACUUUUAUCUCUUAUAUUAUUGCUUGCACAUCAUACUGAACAAUUCUGGCAAUUCUAACCUCGAUGCCUUAUCAAAUAAGAUAUCUGAUUUGAAUAGGGAUUACUGGCUUCUUUUCUUUCGCAAUUUCGAAAGCAUUGAGUUUUCCAGCAUGCUAGUAAAUGGAAAGGCCUCCAAAGGUUACGAGUCAUUUUAUAUCAUGUUUACUUCAGCAAAUUCUCCGAGCGACAUGUGGAAACUGGUAAUUGCAGCGCUUAAAGUGGUGUCAACAGAAGUGGAUGUGGAUAUUACGUUGGAUGCUUUACAUUCUUUGAUAGUUUGCUUACCUUCAAAGUUUUACAGUUGGUCUCCAUUCUAUGUAAUGUACAAUUUCAUUUCUGGUGAAAAUGAUUCCACGAUUCACAACAAGUUUCUUGAUGUCAUUCAGCAUUUAAAUAAGAGAUUCCAUUGGCCAUUUGAAGAGCGAAUGGUUCUCUUAUUGUAUUCUGGAAUCACCUUCAGAAGAUUUGGCAACUUUGCGGAUGAAAUGUUAGUAUCAGAUUUGAUUGGGCAAAUUCGUUCGCGUGACGAUAUUCCAGACAACUGCUUUUUUGAACGGUUUAUGAUGCUACUUUAUUCUUAUGUUUCUGAGUUGCCCGAGCAAACAAAAACCAAAAGACUAAUAACAAAGUUCAUUACUUCGAGUCAUUAUCAUUACCAACCCGGUAAGGAGUAUUAUGCGAUGUUUAUGAAUCGUGCAAAUUUCGUCCUAUUGUUGCGUCAGCUCUCUGUUGUUGAUCUAAAAAAUCAAGUGUUCGACCUCAUUUCUCAGAUUACCAGUUCCAAUGAUACAACUAUACUUCUGGUUGCAUUACAUUUCCUUGGUGAUUACAUUGAUAUUUGCCUAGCUAAAAAAGGUACAAUCCCAUUUGAAACAUUAGUCGAAUAUGCAAAUUCGUUGUUGUCAAGGUAUUUUACUCUUCCUGGAGUAAUAAAGCUUUGGAGGCGUCUAGUCAAAGUUUUUGAGAAGAUAAUGACUCCAUUCUCUGAUUUGAAAUAUUCUUUACAAUAUUUGUCGAUAUUGAAGAACAUCAAUUUGGAUAAAACUCAGAAAUUAUUCAAGGAUCUUUUCAGACUAGUUUUACAGUGCCUUGAUCGUAUAUCUAGGACCAAGGAUUAUAGAUUAAUUAAAGGGUUGUCUGAUACUCUAAACGAGAUAACCUUGCAAAACCAUCGCAUGUUGAAUGUACAGAUGGGACGUUUUCCGUUGCCAACAGUCGCAGAAGAAUCUGAUGCAGAUCUCGAUGUCGAGUUAGGUAUAAGAGUAUGGGUUCGGUGUACAUCUUUACUUCCUGAUCCUAAUUGGAACCAGCUCAUUCUUCAAAAAUUUCCCUACACUGGUAAUCAGUACCUGCGAGACAAGUUUUCCCUCUUUUUGUUCAACGAAAUUAUAAAAUACAAUAGUCUCAAGAGUUGCAGAGACAUUCUAUCUACGAAUGUUCUUAGGAGCUUGUGUUCAUUUUCAUUCUCAAAAUAUCUUGCUACUACAAUUAACCUAUUGCAUAAGGAGAAGGUUGACAUAUUUGAAGUUCAGAAGGGAUUAACUAUUGACGACAUCACCAUGUUCCAUUUGCAAAACUUCAGACAUCGUAUAGUAUCAAAUGCCAUCUGCAAUAUUUCAAAAAGUUUCAAAUUGAAUACCGUGUCUAAGAAGAAUUUGAUCGGGGGUAUGGUGAGAACUUUAAAUAAUGAGUAUGAUAAGUACUUCUCUUCCAACUGGUACAAGGACUUCUGUGUUAAGACUAUUAAAUGUAUCAAAAAGGAAUGUUUGGAAUUAUGCGCCGACAAUACUCAAAUUCCAUCUCUUGCCUCCAAACUUGGCAUUUUGAACUCUGAGUUGGACAUUUAUAAAUUGCAAACAUUACCCUUGACAAGAAGAUUAUCUAAUUUACACGCAUUUAUUCAAGAGCAGUUGCAAACAAUCAAACGGAAAAUUGGAAGAUUGCAAGCAUACUAUUAGAGUUCUUCUCUAUACACUUUAAAGAAUUCAAGUUUAAUAUUAUCAAUUCAUCUUUCACUAGGUUUCUAAAGCUGAUAGCGGAGCUACCAAAAUUGUCUUCAAAUAUAAUUCCCGCUCACCAAUACUUCCGAACGCGUUCUAUGAUAACUGUGGCCGAUAUUUUCUUGUAUUCAACUAUAUUGUUCGAAGGGUAUAAGGAUUUGUCAAAUGUUAAAAGUAUUGCAAGUUGUUUUCUCAAUAAUUUGUCAAAUCCAAUUACCUUAUCCAAUAACCACUUGGACUAUGCUUUUUCUCCUUAUAAGCUUUACGACCUUACUCAAUCGGGACUGACAUUUGGAGUUGGUGAAAUUUCUCCUCCUGAAGCUGAAGUCAUGGAAGAUCUUGAAGUCAUCUUCCAUGAAAAGUUGAAUGAACUUUCUCGGUUGUCUUCGAACUAUACUAGAGAGAUUCCACCCGUUGGGAUUUCCUCAUUUGAUUUCAGUUUCUGAAUCUAAAAUUGCAUCUUUUACUUCUUCAUCACUAAUUUAGCAUUCAUUAUAAAAAACAUUAUUGUACAUAUAUU